AUGGGUGAAGACCACAGCGGGUCCGAUUGUGCUUGGAAGAAAAUGGUUUUAUCGAAGUCUGAAAAUAAAUGGGUUUCUAAGUUAAAAUCUGAUCAAUUAAGUAUUGUAAAGACGAUGAGCACGAAUAAUUUUUCAUUAGGUGACGAUACAAAUAAUUUAACUCAUAUUAAAAAGGAAGUCGAAGAUGAAAAUGAAAUGCAAAACUAUGACACUGAUGAUAGUGCAGAUGUGACAGACCCAUUAGAAAUGUUAGAAGUCCAACACUCACAAGCAGGUCACGUCAGUAGACGAUUAUCUGGUCCUAAAAACGAAACAGCUGAAGAACGAGCCGCUCGUCUGGCUAAGAUGUCAGCAUACGCAGCACGACGAUUAGCUAACGAAACACCUGAGCAACGUGCAGCUAGACUUAAACGUAUGUCAGACUAUGCAGCUAAAAGACUAGCUACUGAGUCAAGUGAACAAAGAGCAAGAAGGCUUGCAAGGAUGUCAGCUUAUGCUGCAAAAAGACUUGCCAAUGAAACUACAGAACAGAGAGAAGCAAGACUAGCCAGAAUGUCUGCAUAUGCUGCUCGUAGACAGGCUAUGAAAAAAGCUAGCUCCGUAAACACAAAUAACCCAUGUAUAGAGAGAUACACAGAUUCUAACCUGAGUUAA